AUGGAUAUAGAUAAUGUGCCUCACAAUUGGAUGACCCCCAUUAUCCAAUACCUUACGUACAGCAACCUGCCAAAUAAUCCAGACUCGGCCAAGAAAAUAAGAAUGCAUGCAUCUAAAUAUCUCCUUCUCGGCAAAGACUUGUACAGAAGAAGGAUUUCAACACCUAUACUUAAAUGCCUUAACGACGACCAAGCAAACUAUGUCAUGAGGGAGAUUCAAGAAGGUAUCUGUGGUACCCAUUCGGGUGGACGAACCAUGGCGGCAAAAAUACUCAGAGUUGGGUACUAUUGGCCAACACUCUCCCAAGAUUGUCAUAUGUUUGUAAAGAAAUAUCGGCGAUUCAAUAAAUUUUUGGAAGGGCUUCAUAUCAAGCACAUGGUUAUGUCUGUGGAACACCCUCAAACUAAUGGUCAAUCUGAGGCCGCAAACAAAGUUAUCUUGCAUGAAUUAAAAAGAAGAUUAGGUUCGGCAAAAGGGAAGUGGGCAGAGAAACUGCCGAGGUGCUAUGGCUUAUCGGUGUACGCCGCAAACCACAACAAAAGAAACUCCUUUUUGGCUUAUCUAUGGUACUGA